AUGAAUCAUAUGUCUGCAUCUCUCAAAGUCUCCAAUAGCUCCAAAUUCCAGGUCUCUGAGUUUAUCCUGCUGGGAUUCCCAGGUAUUCACAGCUGGCAGCACUGGCUAUCUCUGCCCCUGGCACUACUGUAUCUCUCAGCACUUGCUGCAAACACCCUCAUCCUCCUCAUCAUCUGGCAGAACCCUUCUUUGCAGCAGCCCAUGUACCCUUUCCUUGGCAUCCUCUCCGUGGUCGACGUGGGUCUGGCCACUACUAUCACACCUAAGAACCUGGCCAUCUUCUGGUUUGAUGCCAAGGUCGUUAGCCUCCCUGAGUGAUUCGCUCAGAUUUAUGCCAUUCACUUCUUUGUGGGCAUGGAGUCUGGUAUCUUCCUCUGCAUGGUUUUUGAUAGAUAUGUGGCUAUUUGUCACCCUCUUCGCUAUCCAUCCAUUGUCACCAGUUCCUUAAUCUUAAAAGCUAACCUGUUCAUGGUGCUGAGAAAUGUUGUCAUCCCGGUGCCUGUGCUUGCAGCACAGCAUGACUAUUGCUCCAGGAACGAAAUUGAACACUGCCUGUGCUCUAACCUUGGGGUCAGCCUGGCUUGUGAUGACAGGAGGCCAAACAGCAUUUGCCAGUUGGUUCUGGCAUGGCUUGGAAUGGGGAGUGAUCUAAGUCUUAUUAUACUGUCAUAUAUUUUGAUUCUGUACUCUGUACUUAGACUGAACUCAGUUGAAGCUGCAGCCAAGGACCUGAGCACUUGUAGUUCACAUCUUACCCUCAUCCUUUUCUUUUACACUAUUGUUGUAGUGAUUUCAGUAACUCAUCUGACAGACAUGAGGGCCACUUUGAUUCCAGUUCUACUUAAUGUGUUGCACAACAUCAUCCUCCCUUCCCUCAACCCUAUAGUUUAUGCACUUCAGACCAAAGAACUUAGGGCAGCCUUCCAAAAGGUGCUGUUUGCUCUUACAAAAGAAAUAAGAUCCUAG